UGCAUUGUUAGUGGGGAAGCAUACUUAUUAAAAGUGCCCUGCACUUACCACAGAGUACUCUGAGAUUACACGAUCCAGGCCGCGGAUCUGUGUCUGGAGUUCCGCCUCCAUUUUAACUAAUAUUUUCCCCGGAAAACUUUUGCUUCAAAGAAUGCUCAGAACCGCACGGGUUACUUUAUUUACUUUGGCUUAUUUCAAGGGAAAGGCUCUCUGCCUGCUUUCAUGUAAACGGAUUCGUAGAGCAGAGUUGCCCUUUUUUUUUCUCUGUUUCCUUGGUGGUGAUCCGAAAGAACUUUUGCCCGCAAAAACCGUUGUGGCGGUUUUGUGGAGUCGGAGCUGUCUAAGCAUUCAUAUUGCUUACAAGACCAGAACACAUGACGCAGCAAGCAAUUUCAGAAAACGUCUAUGUUCAUUAUACUACUAUCUAAUCAAAUAUUACUGUGGAAUUUUACUAGAAGUUCGGAUUUUGUUGUUUUGCUAAGCAGAAAUGAAGUCGAAUGCUCAUUAUUCUGCUGGAUUCCACCGCCUAAUCGAUCAACACAUCCAAGGCCUAGCAGAAUGACAACUGCAAAAAAAAAGUCACUAUUAUUCUCUCUGUGAUU